AUGAGUAUGGAUACCGGCAUUCUCCCCUGUUUUUUCUAAAGUCUCAACAUCAACAGCACAAAGUCAUAGAGAAUGAGACCAGCCCUGAAUAUUGCUCUGACUCUUUUGAACCAGUAUCUCCAGAAUUCCAUGGGAAAGAAGCCAUCAGAAUCAGAAACAUCAGGAAAGAAUAUAAAGGGAAGACUGAGAAAGUGGAAGCUUUGAAAGGUUUGCAAUUGGACAUCUAUGAAGGCCAGAUCACUGCAAUACUUGGUCACAGUGGAGCAGGAAAAUCAACACUGCUAAAUAUCCUUAGUGGACUGAUUGUUCCAACAGAAGGCUCAGCUACCAUCUAUGACAACAAACUGUUGGACAAGGCAGAUUUGGAAGAAAUCAGAAAGAUAAUUGGUGUUUGUCCACAAUUCAAUGUACAAUUUGACUUCCUCACCAUGAAAGAAAACCUCAGGCUAUUUGCUGAAAUUAAAGGGAUUCAGCCACAGAAGGUGGAACAAGAGGUACAAAGAGUUGUUAUGGAAUUGGAAAUGAAAAUUCAAGACACCGUUGCAAAAAACCUAAGUGGUGGACAAAAAAGGAAGCUGACCUUUGCGGUGGCCAUUUUAGGAGAUCCUCAAGUUUUGUUGCUGGAUGAACCAACUGCUGGAUUGGAUCCCUUUUCAAGGCAUCAAGUAUGGGAUCUCCUAAAAGAACAUAAAUCAGAAAAAGGGAUCCUCUUGAGUACACAGUUCAUGGAUGAGGCUGAUAUACUGGCUGAUAGGAAAGUAUUUAUGUCCAAUGGACAGUUGAAGUGUGCAGGUUCUUCUCUGUUUCUGAAGAAGAAAUGGGGGAUUGGAUAUCAUUUAAGUUUGCACAGGAAUGAAAACUGUGACUCAGAGACAAUAACAUCUCUUGUUAAACAUCACAUCCCUGAUGCCAAAUUAAGGGAAGAAAGUGAAGAAAAGCUUGUGUAUACUUUGCCCUUUGAAAGGAUGGAUAAAUUUCCAGACCUUUACAGAGAUAUUGAUAGUUAUAAUGGCCAAGGUAUUGUGCAUUAUGGUGUUUCUAUGACAACUCUGAACGAAGUAUUCCUAAAACUAGAAGGAAAAACAGCAACUGAUGAAACAGAUUUUGGCAAUUGGGUACAGGCUCAAGCAGAAGUGAGAAGAAACUCUGAAGACUUUGUUGAACUUGACCAGCCUCUCUCUUCACUACCUGGAAGGAGUAAGGUGACACUCAGUCCCAUGGCUCUGUGGAGACGACAAGUCUGGGCAAUAGCAAGGCUUCGAUUUUUAAAACUAAAACAUGAUAGAAAAACUUUUCUGGCCCUAUUACUGCUGUUUGGAUUGGCUUCAAUACCUUACCUUUUAGAUGUGCUAAUUUAUAAAAUACUUCGUCAAGAAACUUCUUGGGGACUUUCACCUAAAACGUAUUUCCUCUCUCCUGGACAAUAUCCACAAAGUCCACUCACCAGCCUAUUGAUUAUCAAUAACACAGGGUCAAACAUUGAAGAUUUUAUAGAUUCUUUGAAGCACCAGAACCUAGUUCUGGAAGUAUGGGAUUUUGGAAACAAAAAUGGCACAGAUGAUCCAUCGUACAAUGGGGCCAUCAUUGUAUCAGGUAAAAAGGAUUAUGAGUUUUCAAUUGCAUGUAACACCAAGAGACUGAAUUGCUUUCCUGUGCUUGUGGACAUCAUUAGUAAUGGACUACUUAAAAUGUUUAAUUCCUCGGAGCAGAUUCAAACUGAGAGAAGCAUAUUUGCUUAUGAUAAUGUGAAAAUUCAGCUUGGUUUUGUGGACAGCAAUAUUUUCUGGCUAUCAGUUGCCAUCAGCAUUUCUCCUUACAUUGCAAUGAGCAGCAUCUAUGAUUACAAAAUAAAAGCUCAAUCCCAACUAAGGAUUUCAGGCCUCUACCCUUCUGCAUAUUGGUGUGGGCAGGCCCUGGUGGAUGUCCCCCUGUACUGUUUGAUUCUGUUUUUAACACUUACAUUUAUGUAUGUUUUUAACGCCAAAAUACUACCAGACUUUUGGCAUAACCCCAGAAUCAUGUUUGCUGAGGUCCUGUCAGUCAUUGGUUAUGCAGUAUCUAUGAUCUCCUUCAUGUAUAUGAUUUCAUUCAUCUUUUGCAAGGGGAAAAAAAAUAGUAACCUUUGGUCUCUUUGCUUCUUUACUAUUUCAGUGCUACUGAUGAGCAUUUUUGAGAACACCCAGCAUAUGCUACUGUGUACAAUAUUAGUACUUUUUACACUAAUGGGAAUCUGUGAUUUUCUUGUUAAGUUCUUCUACUACAAUGAAGAUAACGGUGCAUUUGUUAAAAAUAUAUUCUUCUCAAUUCUCAUACCUUAUCUCCAUUGCAUCAUUUUUGUUUUUGUUCUACGGUAUCUGGAAAAAAUGAAGUAUGAAAAAAAAUCGGUAGGAAUGGACCCUGUAUUCAGAAUUUUUCCAUCAAGUAAAGAUGCAGGUCCCAAUCCUGAAGAACCAAAAGCUGAAGAUGAGGACAUUCAGAAAGAAAGAGAAAGAACAGAAAGUGCAUUGACUGCUUCAAACCUUGAUGAGAAACCCCUCAUUAUUGCUAGCUGUCUACGCAAGGAGUAUGCAAGCAAGAAGAAAAGUUGCUUUGCAAAGAGAAAGAAGAAACUGGCCAUAAGAAACAUCUCUUUCUGUGUUAAAAAAGGUGAGAUCCUAGGGCUGCUAGGACACAAUGGAGCCGGCAAAAGUACAGCAAUUAGGAUGAUAACCGGAGACAUAAAACCAACUGCAGGAAAGGUGGUGCUGAAAAGGAGCGGUGCCCACAUGAGUCAACAAAGAGAUGGCAUGCUCCAGUUCCUUGGCUACUGUGCUCAGGAAAACUCAUUGUGGAAAAAUGUAACCGUGAGAGAACACCUGGAGAUAUAUGCUGCAGUGAAAGGGAUGGAUAAGGACGAUGCCACAGUUAUGAUUUCACGAUUAGCAGAUGCUCUCACACUUCAAGAACACAUGAAAUUUCCAGUCAAUCAACUGUCACCAGGCAUAAAUCAAAAGCUGCGUUUUGCACUGAGUAUCCUGGGAAAUCCUGCCAUUGUACUUCUGGAUGAACCAUCAAUUGGGAUGGACUCAGAGGGGCAGCAGCAAAUGUGGCAGACUAUUCGAGCAACCAUUAAGAGCAAAGAGAAUGGUGCUAUCCUGACGACACAGUACAUGGCAGAGGCUGAGGCUGUGUGUGACCGGGUGGCCAUCAUAGUGUCAGGACAACUACGAUGUAUUGGUUCUAUUCAACAUCUGAAAAGCAAAUUUGGCAAGGAUUAUUUACUAGAAAUAAAAGUGAAAGAACCUGGGCAAAUAACACCCCUACAUGCUGAGAUUUUGAAGCUUUUUCCAAGGGCUGCUCGGCAAGAAAGGUAUUCCUCUUUGAUGGUAUAUAAGUUGCCUAUGGAAGAUGUUCAACCUCUGUCUCAAGCCUUUUCCAAAUUAGAGGCAGCUAAACAUACCUUCAACCUGGAUGAAUACAGCCUCUCUCAGUCCACUUUGGAACAGGUCUUUCUAGAGUUGUCAAAGGAUCAGGAGCUUGGAGAUUUUGAAGAAGAGCUGGAUACAACAGUAAAAUGGAAACUCCUCCCUCAAGAAGAGCCUUGAAGGGCCAAACAUCCCAAGUUCCCUUUAAGUUCAGUGGAAUCAUUUGUAAUCCUGUUAAUUUACCUUAUUGAUCUUAUAUUUUGUCACAGAAGUAAGUUAAUCAAAUAUUUUUGAGUCAUGUAUUUUUACUCACUGACUAAUUACAUUUAAAUUAGUGAAGAAAGAUAAGAGGACUGGGAUGAAAGCCCAUGACUGGCUUCAGCUAGAUGUUUAGGGAUUUCCUCUGCAUUUGCAUGCCAUUCUAAGCAUAUUUUCUGCAUUCCUAUGAAAUCAAUAAACUAUAUAUAUAUAAAAAACUUUUCACCAAGAAUGACAGUGGGACUGCCACAUGUAGCCUAGUAUAAUAGUCUCCAGUGAAUUACCUAAACAAAUAGAAUUUCAUCCCAUCCUCUCCAGCAGAACACUCUCUUCUUUCAUUUCUUCUCUCUCACCGAUCAAUGAUUUCCCACCUACUGAGUGCUUUCUCUGCUGCCUACAAAGAGGCCCGUAACUCCUCUAUCCUUAAUAAACAAAAAAAUAAAAUAUUGAUUUGAUCUGAAUGUUCUUGCUGGCUAGCUAUACUAGCCAGCUAUACUAUAUAGCUUCAUGGCUAUACUCCUUAGAAAGCCAGCUACAUUUGGCUUCCUACAUCCUCUUCUUUCAUGAUCUGACCACAUCAUUCAACCAAAAUUGUUCUUUUCAAACUUACCGAUGAUUUUUAAUUUUCAACUCUAAUGGCCUUUUCUUAAUCUUCAUUCUUCUUGACCUCUCUGUAGCCUCUGACUCUGAAUAAUCUCUCCUCUAGAUUUUCAUGACACUGCUCUGCUCUGGUUCUCCUAUCUGUCUGAUCACUCCUCAGUCUCCUUUGUUGGAUCUUCCUCCAGGUUAUACCUCCCAACUGGAGAUGGCCCCAAAGGAUCUAUCCUUAGCCUUCUUCUCCUCUGCUAUCACGAUUAGUAACAUCAAUGUUUUUCUCUAUGCCAAUGAUUCCCAGAGCUACUUAUCUAGCCGUUAUCUCUUUCCUAACCUCCAGUCUUAUAUUACCAACUGACUCUUAAACAUCUCAAAUUGGAUAUCCUAUAGAAAUCUCAAGUUCAACAUAGCCAAAACAAAACUAAUUAUCUUUCUCUCCGAACACUUCUCUCUUCUGAAUUUAAUUACAUUUGAGUGUGCCACAAAUCUCCUUAUUACUCAGACUCAUAGUUUCAGUGUCAUUUUUUUUUUGGGUGAGGCAGUUGGGGUUAGGUGACUUGUCCAGGGUCAUACAGUUAGGAAGUGUCAAAUG